UUUCAUUUGACGACUGUUUCACUUUCCCGCAGAAAAUAGGGUGUCGAAUCUGUCCUAUAACCUCCGUUAUAUUUAUUACUAUUUAAAGAUCAAAAAUGUAUCAUUUAUGAUAAUUGUGGUUUAAUUUGUGUAAAGAUUGUGCUAAGUGAUGUUGUGUAAUAUCGUUUGUAUUCUUGCGGUCACUCUGUAGCGUUUUUAAAAAUUAAACAUGGCCUCGAACCGAGGAAUUCAGAUCGGAUCCGCGUGGUUCCAACGGAAACUGAAUUUGAGGCCACAGCACAGGGGCGUACACUUGGUUACGGAAGAGAUCCUUAAGCAGGUGCCUGAGUUGUCGCAGUUUGCCGUCGGUCUUUGCCAUAUUCAAAUUAUGCAUACUUCGGCAAGUCUUGCGUUAAACGAAAGUUGGGAUCCAGACGUUAGAGAUGAUAUGGAAAUGAUGCUCAACAAAAUAGUGCCGGAGGGUCUUCCUUACCGCCACUCGUGCGAAGGUCCCGAUGAUAUGCCUGCCCACGUCAAGGCAUGUUUCCUGGGCUCGUCUCUUACUAUCCCCAUAACAGAUGGCAAGUUAAACCUAGGAACGUGGCAAGGUGUGUGGCUCUGUGAACAUAGAAAUCACGCUGGAAGCCGAAAGGUAGUGGUAACACUGUCGGGGUGCCCGCGCGACUCGCCGCUGUCGCCCGUGUCGGCGGCGUCGUGCUCCAGUUAGGAGCGGGGGGGGGCCGCGACCCCCCACACGCAGUCCCACUCGCGGCCCUCCUCCAAGAGCACAAGGAGGUAAAUCCCCCUUUUCUACGCGCGCCUUUGGAUGGGAUACUGUCCCGGGUGACUUGGGAUCUCGCCUUACCGCGUUCAGUGACUUGACAUUGUCGUUUUAAAUUAUUUUAUUGGGAUGUGAAGUGGUGCCUGCUUAAGUCGCAUUUGAAUUUGAAAUUGUUAUGGAAUUUUUUUAUGGUUAUGUAAUGUAUUUUGACUAUCCUUUGAAUUUUUAAAUUGAUUUGUAUAUGUGUUUGCUUUUAUUUUUUGUGUUUAAUGUCGAUAAGUAACGGUCUGAUAGAACAACAUACUAUUUCAUUUUUUCUUAUUGUGAGGAACAACAUCCUAUAAAACAGUUUUCCUCUGAUGUGUAUGGAUUUGUCACCUAUUGUGUUGAUAGUCCAUUCUUGAAGCUUUGCUCUGAAGUCAAGUAUUUCAACAGUCAAGUCCCAUGAAGAUUUUCAAGGCGGUGUCAUUCAUAAUGACCGUUCCCAAAAUUUUAAGAUAUCCAUAAUAGCUAGCAUAUAAUGCACUGGCACCUGGUAGUUCUAUCUAUGGUAGUCCUUACCAUCAUGCAACCCACCAGCUUCUUUUGCUGUGCUAUAAAAAAUAUUUUUUCUUAUAUUUCAUCUCUAGUAAGAGUCUGUUAAUGAACCGAAAAUUUCCUCUAUUUGCCUAUUAACCUCUAGCCCUAAUUCAUAAUGACAUCCUCACCUUGCUUUACCCUGCAAAGAAGGGCAGCAUUCCAGAAUAAUAUAUUACCCCUAUAUGUGACUUGUAUCCUCGUUAGCUAUCAUUCUCCCAGUUAUGCAUUGCAGAAUAAAAGUGAAAAUGGAGCCAAGUAGUGUUUCUGCCUAAGAUCACAUUAUCACUUGAAUCAGAGUUAGCCAUUAUAUUAACCACAUUAGUCACCACUUUUAUAGGAUAUUGUUUCUUUAUAAUUAAUGUAGGAUUUCUUAUUGAUUGUUGAAUGCAUUUGUUGCCAUUUUAAUUUUUAGUGUAUUACUUUAUCUGAUUGGAGAUGAUGAAAUUGCCAAAUAAUGAGAUUUCUCAUCCUUCCUAAAAUUUCCACAAGAUUGUGAUCGUGUAUUCAAAUAAUUUAAACGCAGUUUACCCAAUAACUUGUGUCAAAUGAAUUGUUAAUUAUAAUACGCAAGUGUAAAAUAGCUUUCGAGAAAUCCCACCGAAUCGUUGCAAGUGCGACGGAUUGUAUUCCGUGUAAAGGCGCUUACUUAGACGUUAGUUCUUAUUCUUAUCUUCGAGCGACAAUAUGUACAUAAGAUUAAUAUUUUGUAAAGCUCUGCAUGGCAGUUUGAACAGGGCCGGUACGGUAGGCUGCUUCAGAAUUCAUACACAUUUCAUACUUAGAAGUGGAACAGUCUUAUUAUUGAUGUAUAAACUCGGUUUCGUGAAGGUCAAACGUGUUAAACUUGUACAAAAGUAACCAAGUUUAUAUUAAAUGAAAUAUGCAGACCCGAGUUCAGCCGCGCGUAUUACUGCAGAUGUACGACGAAAUAAAAACCCUUUAAUUUCUUUAAAGUUUCUAUAGGAAUUGAAUUUUAAUCGAGCACAAUUCCGACUCUCGAUCUCUGGUGAAGUGCCAUGCAAAGCGGUAACCUAUCGAUGUUAAGUUCAGUGUAAACUGAAUCCGUUGUAAUUGUACAUAAUUAUGUGCAACAAUUUUAAAAUUAUACAUAAUUGUUGUUUUGUUAUUGCGAUGUGUCGAUGUGUACAUAAACACGCGUGGACGUGGACAUUCCGCUUGUAGGUUCGGUUGACGUCAAUGUGCUAUCUACUUUUAUCUAUAUUAACUAUGUUUAGAGUACGAGUUUCGGGUGUAUUUGUUUAUAUUAUAUGACUAUUUUUCACUAUUGCACUCGUUCAGAUAUUUUCAAUGCUCACAGGGAGACACAAUAUUUUUAUCAUGUCACUAUCUUAGAAGUUUUAUAUCGAAUCGAACACUCAUUUUGCAACACCAACUUCGUAUGUAAUCGCACCGGUUUAUGGUCAGUCGACGUAAGCUAAGGGCUGAGUAUAGGUUAUAUAGUUAGGUUCUUUGUACGUGUAUGAUAGCUAUCUUCUUUCCCGACACUAGGUUAGGACUCGUAACGAUUAGUACGUGAAACAUGUCCAUAGCUUUAAAUGUGUCACAUCCGUUGUAUCAACGGCUCCUUCCCGGGAUGACAAUGAGCUACAUUCGGUACCACUAGUUAGACGUAGUAUAUCAUUACUCUUAAGAUCAUGUAAGUGCCUCGGAUUUAUGGGGUGGUUAUAGUUCAGUUGCAGACGUGUGUGGGCUCCGUAUCGGAGAUUCGUUGGAUUUGAUUAGACUCGACUGAAUGAACUCUGCUUCCUCACGAUUCGCUCUUUUAUUUCAUUUGACAUUGGCUUCUGCUACAAUUUUGGUUGAAACGCGUUUGGGCGUCAUAUAUUAAAGGCGUAUGUGUAUAGUUGUAUGUCUUCCUAUGUAAGUUCCAGCAUAAGGUCGAGACUAGUAUCUGAAGAUGUAUUUUAUCUGGUAUUCGGUAUAUGUGAACGGUAUUAGGGUAUUCGACACUCACCGACACAAGUUAGACUAUUUGAAGUAUAUAUAUGGGCUUCGAUUCGAAACCUUGGGCGGCAUAGUGAAAUAUAGACAAAUAUAUAGAUUUUAUGGAAGUAUAGAUGUAUGGUUUUGUACGGAUUGACGGUAGCUGGUAAUUUUAAAGGACAUUUUUCCGAAUGCAUUGGAGAACAUACAGACGGCUUCGAGUGGGUUAUGUUGCGUUCUUACGAAUAUAACUGUAUUGCACAAUCACACUGAAAACUUAGUUAGGAGUUUAAAUUAUAAAUAUUAGGAUACAAUUGCUUACCAUAAGCGUCGCUGGCUGUGGAACAGCUAGCUCAAACGUUCUCGUUUAUUUCAGUGGUUCAAAGGACGUUAUAUCAUUAUGGAUUAAUAUUUUGGGCACAUGUAGAAUGGGAAUCGGUACGGAAAAAGGUUUUACAAUGAUAUUCUUUUUCUUUGUUGCUCAUGGUGUUCAGAGGGUGAUUUUCCUAUGCGACUCGAGUAUGGAAUAUACGCACAAUCGAUUGGGAGGGACUGUGGUCAGCUUGGGGCUGGUGUAGCGGUUUUUAAUAAGGACUUCAUUAUGUUAAUCGUUGAAUCAUGAUUUCACAUUCCUUAAAUGUAUUAAUUUUCAAGAAAUUCGGGCGUUUAAAAUCAUUUUCACCAUAAUUUUUUUAAGGAGAUAAUGCUACUCUCCAUACAUGGUGUUUCGUUCAUCUAUUUUUAUUUUUGAUAUUAUUGUUGUUUUUAUUUAUUUACUAAGAUUAAUUUGUUUUUUAUUGUGUAAGCACAAGAGUUAUUUCUACGGUUAGAUUGUCGUAACGGUAGGUUUUGGGUGUAGCGUCGGGGAUGGUUAAGUGCUUUCUUAAUAUCUGUAAAUAUUUUUUGCAUUAAUAUAAAAUAAAAAUAAACAUUUAUCAAUGUACAUAUAGUGUUUCACAUGUAUAAAACGUUCGAAUGUAUGAGUGUUAGAUUUGCCACUGCCAGAAAAUAUGCCUCUUUGUAAUACGACCUUUUAGUUAUGGUUUGGCACUUUAUUGUCAAUUUCAUGUGUUUUACAUACGAUUACAUUGUAAAUGGUAGAUUUGUAACGACGCGACUGGUUCGCUUUAAAACCAUGUAAUUAGUUUACGCUUCUAUUUGUUACGUUGUUAUAUUUAACAUUCCUUUACAUUUAGAAAUGUUUUGUACGCCCCGGGGCGGUGUUUGUUUUGUAUUAGCUUGUAUUGUCCCGUCAGGCUGUUUUGCAACAACGAAUUCCUUAGUCUACCCUAGUUAUUUGAUUGCUAUAAUCAUGCUUUUAGGAAUUGUCCAAUGUUUGAUAUCAACCUAUGUACAAUCAUCAUUUUGCUAUGUAUUACAUUAUAUCAUUUUUAACCAUUUUACUGUUAAGUGGAAAUAAUAAUUUUGGACUUAUAUUAAAAUAUACGAAGAUACGUCUAGUUAAUAGUAUGAAAUAUUCAAUAUAAACUAUAUUAUUUGUAUUUCUUGGAAGCGUUUUAUAAAUUUGAUUAGAACACGAAAUAUUCAAUAAGGGCACGAAAUUUUUUUCUUGAUAUUAUGUAAUUAUAUAAGCAAUUGUUUUAACUGUUAUUGCACAUAGGAAAAUGAGGUUGUAAUAGCGAAACACGAUGAAAGACAAAUAAUUUGUGUGUAUAUUAUUUAAGACGAUAAUGACGUUUAUACCAAUGCAAUUGUACAGUGAUUUCACCCUCAUCAGUUGUAUACAGUUGGUUUUUAAGCUCACAUAAGUGACGAAAUGUCACGAUAAAACUUAAUUGUAACAUAUAACUUGUACAAUAUAAAUAUUAUAGAUCCACAAUUAUGAAAGAGAUUAAAUAUUUG